AUGGAGAGUCAUAAAGGGGUCUUCUCCCUGGCUCAGCAGAUCAGUGACACAGAGACGUCCACUAUACAACUUGCCGUCCGCAACUCGGGUCAACUAGCGCCUCACCCACACUGGUACCUCUCAGGAAAUGAUCCCUGGCCACCUGGUAUCCUGUCUCGGCAGGAGAAGGAGUUUGAUGAUAUUUUUCUUUCCUUCCCUCAGGAGGCUGAGUGGCACUGCGAUGAGUUCACCAAGGGAGCCUGCUUCAGCCGAGGAAAGUCUGAGGAGGAGUGCCAGAACUACAUUAGGGUGCUGCUGGUGAAUGGGAACAGGCUGUUUACAUGUGGGACCAAUGCUUUUACUCCCAUCUGCACCAACCGAACGCUGACAAAUCUGACUGAGAUCCACGAUCAGUUCAGCGGAAUGGCUCGGUGUCCUUACAAUCCCCUUCACAACUCCACUGCCCUCAUCACGUCCAGCGGAGAGCUUUACGCAGCCACGGCCAUGGAUUUCUCCGGGCGAGACCCUGCCAUCUACCGCAGCCUGGGCGGCCUGCCACCUCUGCGCACUGCCCAGUACAACUCCAAGUGGCUUAACGAACCAAACUUUGUGUCAUCCUACGACAUCGGCAACUUCACCUACUUCUUCUUUCGGGAGUAUGCUGUCGAGCACGACUGCGGUCGCACCGUCUUCUCCCGGGCGGGCCGCGUGUGCAAGAACGACAUCGGCGGACGCUUCCUGCUGGAGGACACGUGGACGACGUUCAUGAAGUCCAGACUCAACUGUUCCAGACCGGGAGAAAUCCCCUUUUACUACAACGAGCUGCAGGGGACCUUCUACCUGCCCGAGCUGGAGCUGCUCUACGGCAUCUUCACUACCAACGUAAACAGCAUUGCUGCUUCUGCUGUGUGUGCCUUCAAUCUCAGUGCCGUAUCGCAGGUCUUCAACGGACCCUUCAAGUACCAGGAGAACUCUCGCUCAGCCUGGCUGCCCUAUCCCAACCCCAACCCCGACUUUCAGUGCGGCACCGUCGACUCAGGCUCCUACGUCAACUUGACAGAGAGAAACCUGCAAGACGCCCAGAAGUUUUUACUCAUGCACGAGGUUGUCCAGCCCGUUGCUCCUGUGCCCUACUUCAUGGAGGACAGCGUCCGCUUCAGCCAUGUGGCCGUGGACGUGGUGCAGGGCAAAGACAUGCUCUUUCACAUCAUUUAUUUAGCUACUGGUAAGUAGCACAUCCAUCAUGUC